AUGACACCUGACAGGUGGCAGCCAGCGGAGCAGGAUGGGUACGAGGUUCUUGAGACCGGUGGCGGAGGCGAGGAUGCCAAUCGCCGUAGCCGUAAUCUCCGACCGUUGGGCAGCAACAAGCGCCAGUACUUGGACCUGCAUAGCAUGUGCUUGGAUUCUCCGCCCCUCGAGAGCUUGUUGCCCCCAGACUUCCAGGGUCAUGGUGGUGAGCGGCAGGAAUAG